AUGUCGCUUGCAGAGGUUCAUAGCGGUUCCGGGCAGGACGCUCCCAACAAGAAGGAGCACGUCUCCCUGCGCUGGAUUGGUGACUUUACGGUGCCACGAUAUCGUGCUACUAUUGGGCACAAGUUUCCCGUAAUUGAUGACAACUACGGUGAGGACUUCUCCUGGGAUCGAGGAGGCGUUUCGGCCUUCCCCUACGACCGGGUUGGGUCACGCUCGAACCCGCUGAUUCCACCGCCGGCUACCAACACGCUGAAGUGGCCCUCAGCGCAAGGUGGCGCUUCCUAUGCCGGCAAAACGAGUCGCACAGCAGUGCGAUUGCCCAUGCUACCUGUGCCCACGGCUAAAGUGAAAAAAGCCGUGAGCGUAGUGCAGAAGGAGACGCCAUUUUUGGGCAGCUUUGUCGAGAAGGAAGUUCUGGUUGCUCCGGAGCGACCACCGGCAAAUAAAGGCCGCUCGUCCAGUCCGACGGGUCGUGGAAGCAGUUCCGUGUCUCUCAACGGAGGAGCCGAUGCGAAGCCCGCUGCACCACUGACAGACAAGCAGAUGGCUGCCACGCGGCUGCUAUGGCGCCAGGCAGCUACGGGAGACGCUUAUUUCAAGAAUGGGGACAGCGACGUGCCGGGAAUCAAGGAAGCUAUGGCGUCUGGCGCCGUCUUGGAUUGGAAGAACCCGAAGACAAACGGCUGCACGCUCUUUUCUUUGGCGUGUCAACAGAACGACAAAGACUUGAGCAAGUACCUGCACUCGCUGAACGCUGAUGUGAAGACAGUGGAUUACUCGAAACGGAAUGUGUUCCAUCACUGCGCGAGACAAAAGUAUAACACUUUAACCUCCUACUUGUACAUGCACUUGCCUUGUAGUAGUUUUGAUAAGAAAUAUUAAUACCGCAGACUCGUCAUUUGCAACAUUGCGGUAGAGGGAAAACCAAAAACACCGACGAGGAUGGGAAAAGUAUAAACGUUGGUAAAGUCAAUCGUAGGAAAACUUAAACCCUUUGUUCACAAACAAUUCUUAACCCUAAACCUUCCUCACACGACAGUGCCAUCGAUUCGUUGGUUUUCCUCCUUCGUACGUUGGACCCAAAGGACAUUAAUAUGCUGAUCCUCGGAAAAGACGAGGAAGGCGAUACUCCUCUGCACAAAGCGGCUGAGAAAGGUUCCGUCGUCAUCUGCCAGCUGCUUUUGAAGACAAAGGGAACGGAUUUGAUUACGGUCACGAAUAAAGCCGAAAAAAUCGCAUUCGAUGUGGUACUAUUUAUUUUUGAUGGUGAUGAUGCUUUGUUCUAGGAAAGUCCAAGUAGAUGGCGACUUUAACAAUUGCUUAGCGGGGUAGGUCACAGAUGAUAGUGAUGUUUCUGAUGACAAAAACGAUCAGCAAUUGAGAUAUUCGAUGGGUAAGAAAAAGAUGAGUAUUUUGUGACGCGGUACCGAAGAACUGGUCUAGAGUUCUUAUUUCGCCGUUUCUUCUUCAUCCAUCUACCUCACUCACCACAACCAUCCCUCUCCGCCAUUACUCCAUCCCUUUCCAGGCUCGCGAAUACAAGAUGCAUCAUUUGUACAAGCUGUUAGAUCCUUUGGAGUACGUUAAAGAUCAAACCAGUCUGAUCGCACGCAUACGUGCCAAGAUGGGCGAUACUAGCUUGUCAGCGGAUGCGGUAUUGCUUUUUUACAAUUACAUUUUAUUUCGAGUACAGUACGGGGUUAGAAAUGCUUUACAUUCAAUUCAGUCAUUUCGAGGAAGAGGUAGAGGAACAGCGUCGUUUCAUGAAGGUGAUCAGAUCUACGUAACUGUACAACCUUGGAAGAUGCCGCUUCAUGAAGAUGCUAACGUUUGGAUGUUGAUGAGUUGUGCAUCAGUGAUCACUUGUUCCGAUGAGGUUGCGAUGUUGAGAUUGAGUCUAUUUUUUAUUUGAUGCCUGUCGAUGUUUUUAUCUACCUCUAGAAUGAAAUAAAGAAGGAUUUCAGUGUUAUGCCCCCACCUGCUCUUCCACCUAUCACCAUUUUUCCAUACUGUGCCUACUCAGGGCGACGAUGGCGGUGACGAUGAGGAAGAGGAGGAUGAGGAAGGUGGCGGCGACAGUGGCGGAGCAGGCGGACUUUCGAACCUGGGUGGAUUGGAUCGCAAGUGCAACCAAGACCGAGCUGCUGUUGUCAAAGCUGCUGGCGCAAAGGGUAAAAAGAAGGGCGGAAAGAAGAGCAAGAAGAAGAAGUAGAUAUGCGGGAUAAAAGACAGGUUCCGUAGCUGAGUGAGCUGAGGCAGGACAGGGACACACAUGGAAUAAAGGCGGUCCUGAUAGUACAGCAUGGAAAAGCUAUUUCCACGGUAUGCUUGGUAGAAGAACUUCUUCGCUGGUCGUACACGUUCUUGCUCUUCUUGUUGCCACGCUUGCAAUGUGAAACUGCGAACUACGUGGAAAUUGCACAGACACGUGGAGAAAGUACAACGAUUUUUACUAGGAAUCAGAAUUUAGAGAUAUUGCCGAAUUGAAUAUUAUUCUUUGUUCUACAUAAGUAAUCAAUUAUUUGUCAUAGUCAAAAGAUGUAAAAACUGAUAUUUGGAUAACAACAAGCGUCUUAUACAUAUUUUUUAACGAUACGCCGUAAUGAUAUGAUAUUGUCAACUUCGAAACAUCAACAAGAAUCCAGAAAAACUAGUUGUUGAGAGCGCAAGAUACUCAUGAUUUUAAUUUACUUUUUCCAAGAAGAAGCUUGGUGAUUUCUCAACAUAGCUGAAACGUAGGGCUCAGCAGCUGAUGUCGACUCACACAUAACGAUCAUAGUAGCGUAUAAUUAAGGA